ACGGACGCUGGUAUACUGCAGAGGUUUUGAGAGGAUAAAAAACCGAGCGUGGGAAAACAUUUACCGAAAUUACUCGACGAAUUACUGUGCCAUAACCUUGCAACGAAACAAUUCCAACAGUCCAAGUUGCUAUCCUGACGACACAGACUCAAUUUAGCAGUGCAAGUGGCGCGAGUGAACCCGUGAGAACGAAAGCUUCGAGAGCGACAUAAACCCCAGCCAGCGGCAGCGGUCUCCAUUUUAACUUCGAGUCCGAUCUAUGCCUCACGUGUCUUGGACUGUCUCUCUCACAUGACCCGAGUGUUUGUUCCCGUGAUCAGCACUUCCAUCUACGCGUCUGUGUCAGUGAAUAUCACAUUUUAUUCCAACCCUGAUGGAUAUGCACCUCGAACAGAGUCUGGACACCGCGACAAGUCACGAAAAACAAGAGGAGGAGGUCGUCCAAUUAGAAGGAGACGGGGAAGGGGAGCAGACUGCUGUCACCAUAGGCAGUAUUCAGCAGGCCCAGGCAUUCGCGGACCACAACAUUCAGUACCAGUUCCGCUCUGAGGGUGGUCAGGUGACUUACCGCGUUGUCCAGGUAACUGACCAGCAGCUGGAGGGGAGAGAUGACGGGGGAGGGCAGGUUAGCGUGGUCUCCACGGCCGCCUUCCCCGGCGCUCCUCAAUCGGUGGCCCAGGCUGUGAUCCAGAACCCUUUCAGUAAUGGGGGUAGCCCCGUGGGAGAGACGCUGGGAGGGGAGACGCGCUUCGCCUACUUCCCAGCUACGGCUGUGAGCGACGGCACUGUGUCUGUGCAGACCACCUCCGACCCCACACAGGCCGGGGGUCAGUUCUACGUGAUGAUGACCCCUCCUGACGUCUUGCAGACAGGCACACAGCGAACCAUAGCCCCGCGCACACACCCCUACCCUGAAGACGAAACCGAGAUGCUGCAACAUGACGGUUUAAACUGGAAAAUGGAUGGCCCACGGACACCCAGAGAUGAGAGGAGGAGAGCUCAACACAAUGAAGUUGAGAGGCGGCGGAGAGACAAGAUCAACAAUUGGAUCGUCACGCUCUCCAAAAUCAUCCCCGACUGCAACAUAGACAGCACCAAGACGGGGGCUGUAAGUCACUCUAGUAAAGGGGGCAUCCUGUCUAAGGCGUGUGACUACAUCCGAGAGCUCCGUCAGAAUAACCAGAGGCUCCUGGACAGUGUCAAAGAGGUGGAGAGAGUACAGGUGGACAACGAGCUCUGCAGACAGCAGAUCGAGGAGCUGAAGAAUGAGAAUGCUCUUCUCCGAGCGCAACUCCAGCAGCACGGCAUCGAGAGCGUGGGCGAGACGCCGCCACAAUGAACGAGGGAGACGGAGAGCAGGAUGGGUAGAAGGAAGAGGAGGACGUGGCAGACUGGAGAUGACACGUAGGAGCAGAACAAAACGAGCGAGCUACUGACGAAUCACUCUUUUUCACAGUCGCAGACAGUCUUCCCUGGCCUCGUCUUUGAGGCUGCAUCCGAGACUCUUGGCAGGCUCCUGCUGCUUUGUUGGCUGCACUUGACUGAUCCAGGAUCAGUCGAAAUGACAAAAGAAGCCACCAUGUAGAACAUAGACAUGUCUCAGAGAGAGAAGAGGUCACAACCACCAGAGAAACCCUCUACUAGCCCAGAGAAACCCACUGCACAACUCCUCCCUCCCUUUCUAUAUUUAUUUAGUUCUUCACCUGUGGACUGUGACGUUGGAUAUUUUGUUGUUGAGUUGUUCUUUUCCCAUUCUCUUCAGUCAUGUUUUAUUUUAGUCUGUAUUUGUGGUUGAGUCAUAUUACAGUUUUGUUACAUUAGCGGUUUUUAAUUUAUUAGUUUGUGUAUUGUUAAAAAUAUGCCCAGAAAGACUAAUUUAGAAAAGCUCAUGUAUCCUAGAGGAAUAGAUGAUGUAUGAGUGAGUGGUAGGCUACCAGCCAGUAUAACAGAAACAUGAUACAAAUAAACAGCUGCAAUGCAGAACUGUGAAUGAAUGCCUUGAUAGUUGCCAAUAUUAUUAGGCGUUUUCAAAAGUGACACCGAUAUACAGUGAGCUCAAAGUAUUGGGACAUGACACAUUUUUAGUUUUGGCUCUGUACUCCAGCACUUUGAAAUGAUAUAAUGACUAUGAGGUUAAAGUACACACAGUCAGCUUUAGUUUUGGGGUAUUUUCAUCCAUAUCGGAUGAACCGUUUACAAAUUACAGCACUUUUUGUACAUUGUCCCCACCAUUUUAGGGGAUCAGAAGUAUUUGGAUGAAUUCACUUGUGUAAUAAAGUAGUCAAAAGUUGAGUAUUUGGUCCCAUAUUCCUAGCAUGCAAUGAUUACAAAGCUUGUGACUCUACAAACUUGUUGGAUGCAUUUGCUGUUUGUUUUGAUUCAUUUCUAUUGGGCACAAAAUAAUCUGAAACAAUGGUAAAUAAUGCAUUGUCAUUUGAGCCCCUUUUAUUGUACAUUAGUUUCUAAACACUUACAUUAAUGUUGAUGCUACCAUGAUUAUGGAUAAUCCUGAAUGAAUCGUGAAUAAUAAUGAUGAGUGAAUGUUAGACGCACAAAUAUCAUACCUCCAAGACAUGCUA